UAUAAUUCCAUCAUUUGUACUCGAGCAAUAACUUCAACAGAAACAAGAUCGUAUUUCCCUAAAAGAACUAGAAAUCUACCAUAAGGUUAUUCAUACUGACUUCUUUUAACCGACAGUUAAAGGCGGAAUGAUUUAGUCGGCGCACGGAAGAACGGAAUAGGCCACAUUUCCGCUCCGAUUAUAGUUUGUUGUCUGCGCAUGGUAUAGUUCAUCUGUAGUGGAAUAAUAUGAAGAGAAGUAAAUGAUGAGUUAUUUCCUUCAUCAGUAAAGAAGAUUCAAGACUGCAUCAAGCUUGUUUCCACAUCUUCUCAUAGUUCUGUCAACCUGGCAAUGGCUCACAUCACAAUAAACCAGUAUUUACAACAGGUAUCAGAGUGCAUUGAAAAUCGUGACGGCCCUUUUUGUGCCGAACUUCUCUCAUUUAGACAUCCACAUGUUGCAAAUCCAAGGCUACAGCUUCAAAAUCCAGAAGAAAAGUGCCAACAGAUUCUUGAACCGCCAUAUGAUGAAAUGGUGGCAGCGCAUUUAAGGUGCACUUAUGAGGUUGCAAACCAUAACUUCAUUGAAGCUUACAGAUAUCAAACUCUUGUGGUUCAAUCUUUUCUCAAAGCAAUUCAAGCUCACAAGGAAGAUAACUGGGCCCUUCCUGUUAUGUAUGCAGUGGCACUUGAUCUUCGAAUAUUUGCUAAUAAUGCUGAUCAGCAGCUGUCAAAGAAAGGCAAAGGCAAAACAGGUGACAUGUUGGAAAAAGCAGCUGAGCUUCUGAUGAGUUGCUUCAGGGUCUGUGCCAGUGACACCCGUGCUGGAAUAGAUGAUUCAAAGAAAUGGGGUAUGUUGUUCCUUAUCAACCAGCUCUUCAAAAUCUACUUUAAGAUUAACAAGCUUCAUCUUUGCAAACCACUGAUCCGAGCAAUUGAUAGCUCUAAUCUGAAGGAUAUGUACAGCAUGGCACAGCGUGUUACCUACAAGUAUUAUGUUGGCAGGAAAGCCAUGUUUGACAGUGAUUUUAAACAAGCUGAAGAAGUUUUGUCAUUUGCUUUUGAGCACUGCCACAGAUCCAGCCAGAAGAAUAAAAGGAUGAUUCUGAUUUACCUGCUUCCUGUAAAAAUGUUACUGGGCCACAUGCCAAAAAUCCAGCUUUUAAGGAAAUAUGAUCUCAUGCAAUUUUCAGAAGUCACAAAGGCAGUAAGUGAAGGUAACUUGCUGCUGUUGAAUGAGGCCUUAGCAAAACAUGAAACUUUCUUCAUCCGCUGUGGCAUCUUCCUUAUCCUUGAGAAGCUGAAAAUCAUCACUUACCGUAAUCUGUUCAAGAAAGUGUACUUGCUGCUCAAAACACACCAGCUACCUCUUGAUGCCUUCCUGGUUGCAUUAAAAUUCAUGCAAGUAGAUGAUGUGGAUAUUGAUGAAAUCCAGUGUAUUUUAGCAAACCUCAUCUACAUGGGUCAUAUUAAAGGAUACAUUUCUCAUCAACAUCAGAAGCUUGUGGUCAGCAAACAGAAUCCAUUCCCUCCACUUUCCACAGUAUGUUAGUGCCUCAGAGCAUGGAUUUCCUGGAGAGAAGCUGGCAUUCUGUCUGAUUUUCUAAAAUGCACAGGAUUAAAAUUUGAGGACAACCAGGCUUGUAAAUUAGUGCUGCAUCAUUAGCAAUUUGGAGCAGAACUCAGAAAUGUUUGAAAAUCAAAAUGUUAAUAAAAAAUGUUUAAAAAAUUCACUUUCAAAGUAUACCAAGAAGAAAGGAUUUUGUCUUUUGUAUCAUUCCACAGACCUCAGCAUUCCCUUAUCAUCUUAUUGUAGUGGAGCUGCAAUUCAGAACCAUUAAUGUUUGAAAAUUAAUCAAAACACCAUCUCUUCUUUCCAGCUUCCCAUUUCCACAGAAUAAGCAGAAUGUUGGGAAGCUCGGUGACUGGCUUUAAAAGGACAUAUAACCUACAGUUUAGUUGUUUACAAGCCAGAGUUUUAAUGACCUGGUAACACUGACUAUUGUUACAUGUUGGAGAGCUUGUAUUUAGCUAUAUUACAGCAGAUGAGCAGUGUACUCUAAUAUUCUAAGUUUAAAACAUGAGUGAAAUGUUUUUCAUUGAUGCAUUGACUUUUCUAUUUGUUUAAAAUAAACAUUUUAAGUUUUAAAA